UAAGAUCCGUUUGCGUCUCUGAAUAAUUUUUGAUUCACAUCACUGUAAACGGGCAUGAAAAAAUUUGAGCGGCCAAAGGCAUCAAAAGGCGAAGAUAGGAUCGAUUUGAUCAGUAACAUGCCGGAUUCUAUUCUUCUAUUGAUUCUUUCACUUCUUUCAUCGACUGAAGAAGUAAUAAUUCGAAGCAGUAUUUUGUCCAGACGAUGGAGGUAUUUAUGGACUUCAAUUCCCUCCCUAGACUUAUUUUCCCGAUUUCACCGAGAAGACAAAUUAAAAAAAGACGAAUUCAAAGACUUUGUGUUUUGGGUUUUAGCAAACAGAUCCGUCGAUUUGGAUUGUCUUGAUUUAGGUUGUUUCGAUCACUAUACUCUGUCAACAGUGAGGCGGUGGAUUCACAUGGCUGUUACAAGAAACGUGAAACAACUUCACUUGAUGUUUUACCCUCAGGAUGAGAAUGAGGAUGUCGAGAUGCCCCCUUGCCUUGUGAGUUGCGUUUCCUUGGAGGUAUUAGGGUUAAAUUUGAGCUAUCAUCGUCUAAGGUUAACUAAUAUUAUGGGGUUUCCCGCACUUAGAGAUCUUGAUUUGAUCUAUGUUGACUUAUUGGGAGAUAGGGAUGUGGUAAAAGCUUUUUUUGAAAGCUUCCCUUUGCUUGAGGGCUUGAGUUUGAUAUCCUGCUUCAUGAACGAACGUGGUCUUCUUUAUAUUUCAUGCCCAAAGUUAAAAGUGCUGAGAAUUGAAAAUGAAAACGAUGAGUUGAUGUGUGACAGCAUUAAGAUUUGUUGCCCAAAGCUGGUGGAUUUGGAGUUAAGAGGUCUUAUAGCAAAUAAUUUUUUCUUUGAAUGUCUAGACUCAUUGAAUAAAGCUGAGAUUGAGCCUAAAUUGACGGGGAACAUCAAAUCUGUGUUGAUUCCUGGAAUUUCUCAUGUGGAACAUUUGUGGAUCGACCUUUACUUCUUUAGUCAGUGCAUUAAUGCUGCACGUGAUCCGGCUCUACCUAAUCUCAAGACUCUGGCACUAACCACAGGAGUUGAUGCGUUCACCAUGGAUAUCAUUCGAAUUCUCAAAUGUUAUCCCAAAGUAGAGUCUCUCAAGUUAAUUGUUAAAGAGAAAUUUGAUGGACCAGAAGAGUGGGAGUUGCAUGAAGGCGAAGCAAGGAGACUCAUGACUCCAGAUGUGAAGAGGGUUGAGUUUUUUGAAUUUAAGGGAGAAAAGCCGAAAUUCAUUUCAGAUUGGGAGGAAGAUGUAUAUAUAUGGAAAUGGUUUUUAGUUGGGGUACCAAAGCCAAGUACUUUUAGUGUAGAUUAUGAUGUUACAAGCUUUCUGGUAAACCAUAAGUAG